AUGGUCGGCCCAUCGGAGUUGCAAAGGACGGAGUUGGAGCAUGUGCUACGGGUGGUGGAAGAACGAAAAAUUGGGGGUUUAAAAAAGGACCCUAAGCCCCAAAACAAAACACACCAACAUGACGUGCUUUGGUGCAGUGAAAAUCGAAGUGGAAAUAGGAAACGAAGAAAAAGGACUCCAAUUUCGGCGGUGCCGAGGAAACUGCUGCCGAUGCUCGUGAUGUUACUGCUGUUGGUCACACUCUGGCUGGUGCCCCUUUCCUCCCAAGGUGCCCCCUCGCUGGCCGCCAAGUCUUGGCCCUGGAUGAAGACGUACGACAUCUGGGGGCCCGCGGAGGAUGCCCCGGGUAGGACCGACCGGCGGUCAGGGGCAAGGUCGACCGAAUCCACCUCCUUUGACCUAGAUUCGGGCCGACCGAACGGUACAACCGGUUCCGGCGGACGUCGCAGCCGGUACAGCUAUGGCGGUGGAUCGACCGCUUCCUUCUACGGUGACGCAAGCGACGGGAAUGGGUUGACCGGGGGCGGCCGGGCCGGCAGUGGCAGGAGACGUUCCGCGAAAGUGCUGAACUUCCUGCCGGUGCCGGUCGAUGACGAGUGCCUUUCGGAUGAUGGACGCCGGACGGGCAUGUGUAUGAACGUGUACGAGUGCCGCAUCCAGGGCGGGACAGCCCGGGGCCAGUGUGCGCUCGGGUUCGGCGUGUGCUGUGUGUUCGUCGCCACCUGCAACGAGGAAAUCGCCAACAAUCUCACCUACUUCGUGUCGCCCAGCUUCCCCGGGAUCGUGCCGAAGGACGUCGGUAGCUGCAAGCUGAAGAUAAAGCUGAUGAACGCCGAGAUUUCGCAGCUCAAGUUUGACUUCAUACAGUUUGCGCUGGGCCAACCCAAUCGUCGUACGGGUGUUUGCGAAGGUGACCUCUUCCGGCUGAUCGGCGGCGUCGCACCGUUCGAUCUGUGCGGGCAGAACUCCGGCCAACAUCUGUACUACGACCUCAGCCCCAAGAGCCGUGCCGACGAGCAGAUCGAGCUGGAGAUGAACUUUGCCUCGCGUUCCUUCGCCCAGCGCCUUUGGGAGAUCAGGGUGUCCCAGAUCCCGUUCAGCCAGCGAUCACCUUCUGGCUGCAUGCAGUACUUCACCGGCACCGAGGGCCUCAUACAGACGUUCAACUUUGCCGAGAACGGCCGGUACCUGGCGAACCACAACUAUCGCGCCUGCAUCCGGCAGGAGAAGGACAUGUGCUCGGUGGCGUACGAACCGUGCGACGAUCAGUCGUUCCGCAUCGGGCUACCGAGUCAGCUGAGUGGAGGAGGACCGGCUGGUGGUGGUGGACCGCUGGGUGGCGGUGGAAUACCGGGCGCACCCGGAAGCACCGGCGGCACCGGUCCAUUUUCCGACCCCUCGCUGGCGGAUGAUCCACUUGCACCGGCGGCUGACAUUCCAGCGGAAACGGCACCGGUUGUGGACCAGGUUAUCGAGCCACCGGAGGCGAGUCCUCCCGCGGUGGAGGAUGGCGCGGUGGCCGAUCAGGAAGUGGCGGCGGAUGAGCCCGUGCCGGCCGAGCAGGAACCGGCUGCCGACGACCCCGAUACAGCAGCGGCCGAUGACGAAGGUUCCGGAGGUGGCGGUGGGUUCUUCGAUGGAUUUUUCCCAUCGUUUUUCUCCCGCAGCAUCUUCGACGACGAUGAUGACGCUGUUGGCGUAGGUGGAAAACGAGUGAGAAAGCGCAAGGGGCGUGAGAGUUGGCAGAGUCGGCAGUUCGAGGGAAUCAACUGCAUCGAUCGAAUCACACUUCCGUGCAUCGUGGAGGACUUCAUCGGAGUCGGAAUGGGCGAUCUGCCAACAUGCCGACCGGUGCAUUGCGGGAACUCGCUCUGCCCGCCGGGAGUUUCGCCGUGCCGGGUGGAGACGUCCGUCACGCCGUUCCGACUGGGCAUUCACUUCGGCGAGGGUUCGGACCGGGGAAGCCCGGAGGACAAUUUGGGCGCCUGCAUUCGGUACAGUCAGAUUCCGUGUGCUGGAUGA